AGCCGUAAAAGCAGCUCUUUGACAUACCGCUUCCCGAAAUUGAUAUAAGUAUAUAAUGUGGGCUUUGAUGGGAAAGAUCAAGCUUAGAUAGUUUAAUGGCUUCAAAAUGAAUACUUCUUGGACAGCAAGAAAAGCUUUARUUUACCUGGUACUAUGCUUGCUACUCGAAGAAGAAUUUUGCGAUGGAUGCAGCCAAACCGGUACAACAGAGUUGAUACAAAUCAACAUAACUUGUGACCACUAUCUCGAUCUCUACGUCGACGGUUCCCUUGUAAGCAGUGAUGUUUACCCGAAUAUAAGUAAAAAAAUCAUCAACGUUGGCUCCAAAGUUAUCGCUGUUAAUUGCAGAAGUAAGUUAAGCGUCAAACAUUAUCUUGAUCUUAUUACUGAUGUUUCGAAAAAUGCUAAGUUCAUCUGGUCGAGUCAACAGAAAACAGAUAAAAAUCUUUACUGUAGAAGGUCAUUGGUUUCAGAGUGCAAUGAAGAACGUCAUCGAUUUUUCAAGUCGACUGAGGAAUGGAAAAACAAAGUCUAUAGUGGAUCCAUAAUGUUGACAGCAGCAACAACGAGCACACUGGAAUGUGCAUUGAAAUGCUUGGGAACCCCAGAAUGUGGAUCUUUUAACUACGAAUUUUUAAGGAARGAAGUUCAAAAAUGUGAACUAAAYCGAGGCAAGAGCUCAUCACACAUUAAUUUGGUGUCUCGGACCGGUUUUCAAUAUUUUGAAAUAAUUAAGGCUGGAUAUUAGUCAAAGUGCUUUGUUAAUUUCUCAGUGACAGAAGAUUUUCAUUAUAAUAUAUUUGCCUGUUGAUACGAGUGGCAGAAGAAUCAUCAAAACUUCAAAGUACAUUUAUGUAUAGAUCAAAUCAGCUUUUUUUGAGUUGGUCACAGUCCAUAAUGACAAAAAUGACGUCUCAGAAAGUAGAAAGAGCAAGUUGAUAGUACUCGAAUACAAGUUUCAACUUUCUUGCGUGCGUAACUCAAAAAACUUAUAAAGAUGGUAACGAAUAAUACAUCAAACAUUUUCUAAAGAAACACAUGAAAAAACUAGUGGUGAUAAGAAAAUUGUAUUAGUUACCUGUAUUGCCAUAUAUGCCAUAUUUCAAGACUGCUUUUUCUAUUUCUUGACCUCAUUUUAACCAUUUUGUUUUAGUUCAUUGAUAAUCGCUCGUGGAUUUAAGUUAUAGGGCUAAAAACGUGAGGACUUUCUGUAAGAAUCAAAAACUUAACAUAAUUAAUGAGUUACUAGGACAAUGUAUAUCUGAUAAAAUCGUUUUAUGGAAUGGCACUCCAUUAUCAGAUGUAAAGAUCCUUUACCCUAGCGAAGGUCUCAGGUUUGAUGCCUGAUCAUUGACCAYUGCAUACACAACAGCCACCAGYGGUUCUAUUUUAUUUUACGCGUAUUCAUUGUGGGAUGACAAUAGUGCAUUGUAAAGUAAUUCGCGCAUGAUCAGUUUGCCCCAUUUAUCUCAAAACUUAUUUUUACAGCAAUUUCUCCAAGAAUAUUAACGGAUUCGAGUAUCAAGUUAGUGUUGGAGUUUUGGAAUCCGUUUAAAACACUCUCUCUCGUGUUUUAAACUAUACCGUAUAGUUUAAAGCACUAUCUACACUUAUCCGUAUCUGCCUGUAUAAGACACAAUGGUAUCCUGAAUAACAGUGUAGAUUCAGAGAUCAUACCAUCGACCACGACCAACACCGAGAACGCAAUUUUAUUAGAUCUUGUUUAAUGCUUGAUAAUUUAGUAAAAAGAGCUGAAUCAUUUGUAUGGUGAGCAAGCUCUGGAACCUAUCUUUAAUUAACUAAAUAGUUUUACCAGC